AUGUGUCUGUUUGUUCCUAUUGCCAAACGCUGGUACUAUCGUUUGCUGGAAGUUGGAUGCGCGCCAGACGAUAUUGUGAUUGUUUGCCUUAAUCCGACUGCAGUCGAUGAAUUAAAUAGAGAAAAUAUUACAUCCGUGGAAGAAGACUUCAUCGAAAGUCCCGAACGCAAGCGCUUUGUUCUUGGGUUUUUCAGACAACUUAUGAUGAAAAGACUGCAGUUCGCCAUUAAAAAGAUGCGGGCAGGGGUUAGUAUUCUUCUUACCGACAUAGAUAACAUUUUUAUGAGACACGUUCCCUUAUCAGAGUUCUGGGACGAAUCCUAUGAUGUCAUACACGCGUACGAAGGAAGAUUUCCCGUACCGGUCUUUGAGAAAAUGGGAUUUGUUGUUUGUGGCGGACGUCAAUGGUUUCGGGCUACCAAGGGAAGCAUUUUAUUCCUUGAAAUGGUUAUGAAGUAUUGCCAAAACGAACAGAAGUGCAAUGAUCAAAUCGCGUUUAACCAGCUGAUGUUAAAUGAUCUUCAGAUGCAAUGGGAUAAGGAUCUUUAUCGAUCUGAUGCACCAAGGGUCAACCUUCCGGCUAACGAAGAGAUGCACGGGCUCAUGACAGAAUCUGUUACGGGCCGAUCGCUAGUCACCAACCAUACUGUAAAAAUUUGGAGUCGUGAUUUUGCAACUCGGUGGAUGGGAGAUCCUGAAUACUGUCCCUCUAGCAACAAUUGGGUUGCAAUGCCGACAAAGAUGCAGUCUACUGCUAAGUUGGGCAAAGUUGAAAGCAAACUAAAAAGUUUUGAUGCGUGGAUUGGCUUUUGUGGAACCGAUGGUACCAAACGGCGCACAAACUCCACCUAAGCAGCCGAACAAUAGUAGGUUUUGGCUUCAUUG